AUGGCAUACGGCGAUACAGGAGAAACCGGUGGAACGCCAAAUAGCCACAUUCGGUAUAUGGCGUCGCUAGAACAAACCCCUCCAUCGUCUUCCGUGAUAAUCUCUGGAGAAACGUCAAUCGAGGGCGGUUCCAUGGUAGCUGUCGUACUGUCGGCCGAACAAGAACAACCAGCAAACGGAGGACAACCUCCCUCCACCACUAUGUUAACAACGAGCGUCCUGGCACAGAUACCUCAAUUUCCAUCAGUGCCAACCGGUGCGAGGACGUCGGCGGUGGGAGACCAUGAUGGGUUUUGA